AUGACGCUCGCAUCCCCAUGGUUUCGUACCACGUUCACAAUCUACUUAGAGAACAAGCAAGUUCACUUGUUGAACAUACGUUCUCAUCAGUGGCAUACUCAGGAAAUCUUUUGUGGAGGCGGACCGAGGACUGUGACAGAUGGACACAAUCGCAUGGCGCGUCCCAGUGAUACAGCAAACCUUCACAUUCCUGUUGCCAAGGGAGUACUUUUUGAAUUGGUAGUCUAACAGUACGCCACUACCCCGAUAUGAAAUGCAGCUUAGUUACACGUUUGUUUUCAAGGCCGACGUACGCCAAUACGAGUUUGAUGCAGUCCGCCUGACGCUCAUGUCCCCCAGUUUUAGGAAGAAGAGAUAUAAGACCCAAGAAGGGACAAUCAAAAAGACGGAAUUCCGAGACUCGCCUGAGGAAUACUGAUUUUCCUUCCCUCUUUUGCUCAGUGAUGUAAAAUUUUGUUGUUGAGAGUAACGUUAUCGUUUGUUCUGCUUUUGUCGUUCAGUCAACCUGAGAUGAAUA